CGGAUUCCACACUGAAACCAACGAAGACCAACAAGGAUCUGCAUCACAUCGGAACUUCUCUACACGUGUCCUUGUAACGGCGACUGGAUAUAUCUAUUUGAUUACUGCAUCUUCUGUCUGUUGCACCAACUUUGCACAAUGAACAAAGGCCUCCUGUGCAUGUAACUUGUAUCCAUGCUUUUCAAUGGUUUGAGCGGGAUGCUUUCUUCUUGUCGUCUUGGGGAAAGUUGGGAAAUCCUCACUCUGAGGUGUUUUUAAAGAGCCCAGGACGGUGCAUAUCUCCUCAUAACCUGACUUCACACAAUUAUCAUUCACACUCAAUGAAACCUUCUCCUCGCCCAUCUAUGCUAUCUCUAUUAUCCCCGUUUGACAUAGUGAUCUGUCUUGGGGUAGAAGCGUACGAGGCGUCAAAAGCUUUGAAGGGCCUCCUCGCUCGUAUUAACCCCACCAUCGACCACAUUUCUGCAAACAUUGCUGCAAACCUCUACGCUGUCGAGCAAAUGCUUUAUGCGCUGCCUCAAGAUGUCCAAACUGGCUUUCGAGCCGAUUUCACACAAAUUAUGUCGGCUUUUGAGUCUUCCCGAGAUAACAAGCAAGAAAUGAAGCUCUUACUCCGUCGUGCGGUGAACCUUCGGGAAACAGUUGCUGGCAUAUGUCAGAAACAGAGAAUGGUUCAGCUCAAGAACCUCGCGUACGCUCCCAAGAACGAGGAAACUCAGCAGGAAAGCAUCAUCCCUUUGCGAGAUUCUCCUCUUCUGGCUUGCAUUGGCAAUGGGUCUACACGCCCAACUGCGGCUCUCCAGGAGGGUUCAAGUAUGCCAAUAGGACCUGAGGGCCUUAAAAUCGGUCCUUUGCCCGAAGACUGGUUCGAUGUGCCUUCGGACAUCGAUGCUAAAUUCCAAUCUCUUCUGGACUGGAUGCGUGCUGGAUACGCAAAGGGCAAAGAUGCACAUGCUAUUGCAUAUGAUAGGGACGCUCGUUACAUCUAUGUCGAGUUCCCUGCACCCAUUUAUGCUAUGUAUUUUGUCGAUAACUGGUCUACGACUCGACCAGAAGGGCUCGGGAAGGUAAAAGCCACUUUCUUUGCCAUCUAAUAGUGGACUCGUAGUUUAAAUCGUCUCUAACUCUACUUGUAUAUUCACACCUUGUAUUUGCUUACAACUUACGACAUGUAUUCUAUAUUAUGGAAGCACUCACAUCGUUGUAGGUAUAUGCUGAAAUAGUCUCGAUUUAUUGAUAUAUUAUAUCUCGACUGAGUACAACAAGAUACCCAAGACCCAAAC